GUUCAGCUUAUAAAUAUACUCUAUUCAACCGUAUCUCAUUUGUUUGACCAGUUGAUGAAGAGAAAUCAACCACGUUAUGCGCAUACAGACGUUAAUGAGGUCUUCCCCAAAUUCGAAACCCUAAAAUUCCAAAUCAUCCUCAUCACUUCGUCAAAAUCCCGACUUUCCUGCAUCUUUUUCAUCCCUUAUAUUGGGAAAGGGCCAGGAGCAGAUGAAAAUUAAGCUCCUGGGGCAUCUCGACCAAGGUUGUUGUCGGAUUUUGAUAGGGUAGGGUUAUGUAUAAGGCCAAUCUAAUCGGGUUCGGAUUGGCGGUGGGCUCGAGCGCGUUUAUUGGGUCGAGCUUCAUCAUAAAAAAGAAGGGUUUGCAGAGAGCCGGUGCGGCUGGUUCCCGUGCUGGUUCAGGAGGAUAUGGAUAUUUGCUAGAACCACUUUGGUGGAUUGGAAUGAUUACCAUGGUCAUUGGGGAGUUUGCCAAUUUUGUUGCUUACAUGUAUGCUCCUGCUGUCCUUGUAACACCACUUGGAGCAUUAAGUAUAAUUGUCAGUGCUGUUUUAGCUCAUUUCUUACUCAAAGAGAAAUUGCGGAAGUUAGGAAUAUUGGGAUGCAUGUUGUGCGUCGUGGGUAGUACAGUCAUUGUGCUUCAUGCACCUGGCGAACACAGUAUUAGCUCAGUAGAGGAAAUCUGGGAACUAGCCGUACAGCCUGCUUUUCUUAUGUACAUGGCUUCAAUAGCAGCAGUGGUCUUGGUACUUGUGUUGUAUUGUGAACCGCGGUAUGGGCAGACAAACAUCAUGGAAGUGAACUGUGAAAAAAUGAUGAUUAUGGAUCCAUCUCUAUCACAUUACAUUUUGAUAUCAUCCUCAGUAGAAAAAGCUUCAUGGAUAGUAGAACUGUGUAACAUCUGGGGAUUGAGUCUUGAAAAAGUCAUGAGCAUCAAAGCAAUAGGUAUUGCCAUAAAACUCACUCUGGAGGGUUAUAACCAGGUUGCCCAUUUCAAGUCCUGGAUUACACGGCACUUCCUCAAAUAUCAUGGCUCGUCCAUGCAAAUGGUGAGAUAUGGAAACAGAAAGACAACGAUGAAUUGUGUUCCGAAUAUGUGGCAAUUAUACAACCAGAUCAUUUUAAGUGAAGGGCAAUCCUUGGAUCGUGAACUUGAACUUGUAGUUUUCGUGAAAUUUGCUGAUAGUGUUCAAAGUCGACUUUUUUAUUCCUUCUGUUUGUUUUUCUUUCUUUUUCCUUGAAAUCACAUAUUGAGUUGUUUUUCUUUUUCUUUUUCUUU